CUGCGUCUGAUGAGCGUCCAGAGCAGCCAACGUCUAGUGUGCAUCCAGAGCAGCCAACGCCCCUGCCGUCCUCAGCCCCUGCUGAGUUUCCGCCUGAUGCUCGCCCCGAGGAGCUCCCAUCGACCUCCAACAGCCAGACUGCGUCUGCCACCACCUUGCCGCAGAGUGACUCUUCUGUAAGUGUAAAAUCACAACAUACACAAGCAAUGUUAAUGCAUUUCACAAAAUCCCAUUGGUUACUAACCCCCACCACAUUAUAGAAAAUAAAUAAGUAAAUGUGGUGUGUUGCAGGUGGAGCUGGAAGGCUGGGUGCGGCCGUGGGAAGACUCCAAUGGCAUCCCAUCUGCAGACAUCCCUUGGCUGAAGGAGGACAGCGAGAGAGGCCUCUUUACGCCCAUCCAAAUGUACAAGGACAUCAAGGGUGUCAUUCGAAGGCGCCGCGUCCUAAAGUCAGACCGGAUGUGGUUUUACCCCCCCGAGCCACCCGGCUUCGUUAGUGGUGGCAUCCCCAAUCCAGAGGCCUUUUUCCGCCGCCGUUUUUUCUUCUGGCGCCCCAUCGGAGUGUGGCGGUGCUCCCUGAAGUGUCCGCGGGGUGAUAAGUGCGCUGGGGCCGGAGGCAACACAUACCUCUCCAAGUCAGGUUACCACAUCCGUGUACGUCACAUCUGCGACGUGUCUGGUUGGUACACCAUGGCGACAGAGGUGGUUACCUGUGGACCGUGCCUCAAGGCCGCCAGGGGUGGAGCGAGUGGUCACAUGGGUCGGUGGCUGGCAUGGAACGAUGCCAUCCUGGAGCAGCUGAGCGAGGCUCAUCGGGCCAGGUUUCCGGCUGUGCUGACCGUUAAGCGUGGGGUGGACAAAACUGUGAUUCGCCUCCUGCGUGACCGCACAGAGGGGAACACCAUGGUUAAGGUGUGGCGGCAGGUGCAGGAGAAUCAUAUGGAGGACUACUAUCAAAGAAAGGACCUCUACACCACACUCCUCAUGGCCUUGGUGAAACCCGGAGGCAUCGUCUCUGCGUUGGGCCACGGGCAGUUCCAGGCGGCACCUCUUCCCAGAGAGCUACCCUGUGCGCGGCUCCUGCGGCACGCCUUUCUCCUGGCUGAGGCGGAAAAUGUUCAGGACUACCGGAGCCAGAUACUGUCCACGUUCGGCACCGUCCUGAAAAUGGACUCAACAAAGAAGGCAAGUGUGUUGACAUACAAACAUAAGCACCACAUUGAACACCACAUUAUGCACGAAACACCACAUUAUGUGGUAAAGAAAUUGUCUGGGGAGGGCAAGGGCUCGGCCGAGUGGUUCACCAGCAUCGGGAACGAGUACUCCCAGAUCGUGUCCUUUGUUCUCACCUGUGAGGAGUCUGUGGAAAAGCUGGGGCCCAUGUGCCGUGGCGUGAUGAAGCGGUUUCGGCUCGCCAAUCAACCUGUACCCAAGAUCCUUUACAUCGACCGGGGAUGCUGCAAGGCACAGGGUCCGACGGCCAUGGAGACGCUCUUCCAGCCUUGGGUGGAUGACGGGAUGGUGGUGAGGCUGGACAUUUUCCACUGGCUCCAUCGCUUUGAUGCUGCUCUGCGGACCGAAGCCCACUCGAAGUACGGCGCCUUCAAGUCUGCGUUGGUCGGGGCAGUGCUGGCCUAUAACCGCGAGGACCUCCAGCUCCUCAUCAAGGCUGUCAGGGCCAGAGACCCUGCCAUAAUGGAGGUGGUGAGUGACGAGGAUGUGGUCCGGCGUUACAUCUCCCGAGACCGGCUUAAACAUCAUGUCCGUCGUGUCACCCUCGGUGCCCAGGAGACAUUUCGUCUUGUCCACCUGGUAAUCGAAGAGCUCAAGGGUCCAGCAGGGCUCGACGAGAGCGGUGUCAGCCUCUUCAAGUCCCCUGCAGCCAUAGAUGAGAUGUGGGCCAGCCAGCAGCGACACCUGGAAUGCAUCCAGGACCCACCAGGCAUGGCCAUGUACCGGGUUGCCCGCACAACGACCAUCAACGGUGUGGACCUGCCCUAUUACAAGUGCCUGCGUGGGAGUAACAGCCUGGAGGGGUUCCACAAGUCGCUGCCCCAAAUGAUUCCAGGUCCCCACUGUGCGGCACGGCCUUACCAGGUCUACCUCAUCAGUGGUAUCGCCAGGUGGAACUCCGACCGCAGCUCGGAUGCCGUGUUUGGGGGCGGAGGCCGGCACCACAGAGUCUACUCAGCGCCGCUCAUUGAUCGCCUCAACUCCCGCUGCCAGCUGCUGUUUGGUGAGACAGUAGAAGAAAACUUCAGGGCCCCGGCCAACAUCCAGUCUGACGAGCUGCUUGGGCUCGAGUAUCUUUUCAGCCAGAGCACGGGGGAGUCCUUCUCUCUUGAGGGCAUCAUCAAUGACGGUCCUGGGCCGGAGGAGGAGGUCAUUCAGCCUGGGCAGGCCGACCCAGACGCCGAAGCAGAUGAGGCAUACCACAGCGACACGGAACAUCCUGCUGCUGAGCCUCGCAUUACACUUAUCAGCAGUGAGACUGCUACGGUCAACCCUCCUGCCUUUGAGGAUGUCUGCAGUGAAAAUCCUCUGCCGGGGUUUCAGAAGCUGGAGGAAUUCUGUACUGUGUUGGUGGAGGUCGGCUUGACAGACCAGAAGCUGCUCCUCAACACUGCACAGAGGAACAGGGUCCUCGAUGCCUGGAAUGCGGUGGAGGAACAUGACAAGCAGCCACAGAAGUACCACCAGCUGUACCGCACACACUGGGGAAACACCCUGUACUGCAGAACCAAAAGGGAUGACCUUGCAGAUGCCGCCGUGGUACAGAAAGUUAAGAUGGCCAAAAGGUACGCACCAGCACAGCAGGACAUCAGCCCGCAGCACAACCGGCUAAUGUAUGUGCUUGUCAAGCUGCUGUGGCUGCACUCCCCUAAGGCCUCUUGUUCCAGCCCCGAGAAGACCAGCAUCCUUAAGGCCUAUGACAGGAUCCAGCACCGGGUCUUGGUGGAUGACCCAAUCCUGUGCAAGGCAGGCAUCCCUCUCCCUAAAAUAAACACGAAAACAGUGAGGGACUUCAUCCGCCAGCAGGAGAGGCUGGUGAACCUGCACGCCACCAGGCGGCCAGCGGUCAUCUCCAAGACCACCUCUGUAUCAUCUGAAGAGCUGCCUCCUGCACCGUGCCAACCUGCCGUCCUCCCUCCACCUGACUACCCCGUGAUGGAGUACAUCCCCACGCCCAGCACAGCCGGCACAAAGGUGUUGAAGGGACGGACCAACAUGCUGGUGGCGACGCCACAGCCUCCUCCACAGCUUCCUCCUCAGCCACCAUUGCCUCUGCCGGUAAGGAGAAUCCCCGCCCCCUCCACCAUCACCAAGCCUGUUCUGCCCUUUGUCUCCCAGUAUGCGGGCCCCUCAUCCACGCAGGCGCCAAUCCCGGUCGCUUCACCUGUGCCCAUCAGACCAGCUGUUCAGCUGACCUCUGGACAGAACACUGUUGUAGGAUCAUCGUGGUCUCGAUCCACACAGUAUAAGAGGAAGCUGGCAGACCACCCCACAGAGCUGGGCGUUAAGCUGAUGAGGGUGCAGCAUCUCCCGACCUGUAAGGCUUGUGGGCAUACAAUCCAGGGACACAAAAAGUACAAAAAGAAGACAUAUUGCCCUGCGAUUAACCGCUCUGCUUCCAAGGGACUGGAGAACAGAGAAUUUAGAAACUAUGAACAUUUUGUCUCUGUUGUGGACGGACUGGAGGAGUGAACGGCUGGCCCGUUGUAAAUAGUGUAUAUAGUUCUUGUGUUCAAGUUUUACUGUUCUACGUUUUGUGUGUUUUUUACAUGGCACUAUUGGUUCUCUGCACUGUUGCUCUAUUUCAUGCACGUUAUGAAGAAUUGUUCUGUAUGUUCUGGUCUUACAAUUGCCUUUUAACACGGCACAAUUGGUUCUCUGAACUGUUGCCCUAUUUCAUGCAUAUUAUGAAGAAUUGUUCUGUAUGUUCUGGUCUUACAAUUGCCUUUUAACACGGCACAAUUGGUUCUCUGAACUGUUGCCCUAUUUCAUGCACGUUAUGAAGAAUUGUUCUGUAUGUUCUGGUCUUACAAUUGCCUUUUAAAACAGCACCAUUGGUUCUCUGAACUGUUGCUCUACUUCAUGC